AUCCCAACACCUCCAUCGAAACCAGAAUUUUCGAUCGCCGAUACACGUAAUUGAAACCUACUGCCGGAGGAAAAAUCACGGUCCCCGAAGCAUUGCUCUGGUGUGUUGGAGAAUUGGAAAAGGCGGAACGCGUGCGGUGCUGGAGUGAGGGAUGAAGGGAAUUGCUGGGGUUUGGUGAAGGAAGGAGGCAUUUCGGAAAGGAUUCGUGCGAGACGGUUCUCAAAGAUGGCUCAGUUUGAUGAAGAUUCUAAUGCAGUUUCUCAACCUGUGGAUUGUACUCGAAAGAGGAAAUCCAGAAGUCGCGUGCUCGGAACCAAAUAUGUGAAGGAAACGCUUGCAAAGUGGCAGGAAUACAAUGUAAGACUCACUUCUCUCGACAAUGGAGAAAAGCUGGUGCGGAAAACACCUGCCAAAGGAUCCAAGAAAGGUUGUAUGAAGGGCAAGGGCGGUCCUGAGAAUGCGUGCUGCAACUUCAGGGGCGUGAGGCAGCGAACUUGGGGUAAAUGGGUGGCGGAGAUCAGGGAGCCGGACAGGGGAAGCCGCCUCUGGUUGGGCACAUUCGCCACUUCAAAUGAAGCUGCUCGGGCUUAUGACGAAGCUGCUAGAGCCAUGUAUGGCCCUCGGGCACGCCUUAACUUCCCGAACUCCGUUCCAUCCGAUGCUAAAGAUUCGUCAUCUUCAUUGCCAACUACAUCUGCAUCCAGCGUAAAGAGUAACAAUGAGGAGCAAGAAGAUCACAAUCCCCUGAAGCAAGAACAGCACGGCACAGCCAAGGAACCUGUUAAUGUUGUCAAUGAAAGAGCUCCCGCCUGGCGAUUGCUGCAACAUGUGAAGCACGAGGAAUUGGAUAAAGAAUGCAGUGACAUACAACCUCCGAAUUUGCCAUAUCCGAACACAGAAUCGAAGCUGCUGGCUGACGGAAUGGAUGAAGCUGGUAAUGGAUUCGAUGGCGGAUUCGAUUUCCUGAAACCGGGACGACUGGAAGACUGCUACAAGUUCUCGUUGGAUGAUAUGCUGCUUGAACUGGAACUGGACUCGGACUCAGUUCAAGUUAAUGGAUGAAUGAAAACGUGCAAAGACUGAUGGCUACUGACUGACAGGUUCUUUCUUGCAGCUCUCUACACAGACACAGACACAAACACAAUAGUAGUAGUUUUUUCUUGGGAAAGUCUGUUUGGAUAGAUGCAACUAUAUCAAAUAGUGUGAGUUUUAAUUGCUGAAAUUCAUUCUCCUAGGUUGUGUAUCUAUUUUCAUCGUGAUGUUUGGGGUAUUCGACGCAUAUAAUAUUAUCUCUUAGUACAUGAGAUUUAAAUCCA